AUGGCCGAAACGACCGUGACGGGAGAGAAGCUCCCCAACAAUCAAUCAGAGAUCCCUCCAAUGAAGGAGAUCGCUGAGGAUACUCCUGUUGAUAAUAAUAUACAGGCCCCUGGUCCUAUUCCUAUACCUGCCUGGCUCAUCAUCGUCACUGAGCUAUGUGAGCGUUUCUCGUUUUAUGGCGCUUCCAUGUUGUUUCAGCGUUAUAUGCUUUUCCACCUUGAACUGUCCAAGGGCAGUGCCACUGCGAUUUCUCGUGGCUUCGCAUUCUUUUCUUAUAUCACCACUAUUUUCGGUGCCAUCGUUGCCGAUAAAUGGCUCGGAAAGUUCAAGACGAUUUUGAUCUUCUCGAUUCUUUACACUGCUGGUCUUGUUCUGUUGACGAUUUCUUCAAUUGAUUCUCUUAAAGACAAUGUGGGCUUGCCUGGGUUCAUUGUUGCGCUGUACUGUAUGAUUUCCUGGGGAACCGGGGGUAUUAAAUCCAACGUUUCCACGUUCGCUGCCGAGCAAAUCCCUGCUGAGAAUUAUCCUCAUCCAACCAAGAGUGGAGUGACAAUCAACCAUGCCAUCACUGUGGAACGUGUUUUCAGGUAUUUUUACAUGUCCAUUAACGUUGGUGGAAUGUUGGGACAGGCAAUCACGCCAGCUGUCUCUGGGAAGGCUUGGGAUUUGGCAUUCAUGAUUCCAGCCAUCGUCUUUGUUGUUGGGAUCAUCAUCUUUGCUCUCGGCCGUCCCAAGUACUAUGAUCGUCCGCCUCAAGGGAACAUCCUCGGACAGACUUUCCGUUGUAUCGUCUUUGCUUUCAAGAACCGUCGUAGCCAUCCCCCGGGUACUCACUGGAUCCAAAGUGCAGCUGCUGCCAAUGACGGUACACACGAGUGGAGCAACAAAUUUGUGAAUGACCUUGAACGUACCUAUCAUGCAUGCAAAGUCUUUAUGGUGUACCCCGUUUAUUGGGCACUUUACAACAAUAUGAACGACAACUUUAUCAACAUGGCUGUGAACAUGACUCGUCCGAGCUGGCUCAAGCCCGAGCAACUGUCGUUUGUCAACUCUGCGGUCAUUGUCAUCUUUAUCCCUAUUCUCGAUCUCAUUAUCUUUCCUCUUCUCCGUAAAGCUGGUUUUAAACUGGGACCGAUCAACCGUAUCAUCAUUGGUUUCACCAUUGUCACGUUCUGCUUUGUCUACGUCACGGUACUCCAGCAUUUCUUGUACAAGAGCCCUCCAUAUUAUGAUUUUACAGGCAAGGAUCCCAAGGACCCUAACCGGAUUAUCCAGAUCCCGACCAACAAGGAGGAUGUGAUUAAUGAGAUCACGAUCUGGACUCAAUUGCCUGCGUAUAUUUUGAUUGGAAUUUCAGAGAUUUUUGCAUCGGCUACGGGUCUUGAGUUUGCGUUCCGUUCAGCGGCGCCGGAGCUCAAGUCGGUUGUGAUGGCGCUGUUCUUGGCGACGAACGCAUUUGGAUCGUUGAUUGGAAUGAUUCUUGCCAUCUGGAGUAAUGAUCCCAAUUUUGUGUAUGUGUAUGCUGCACAGGCUGUGGCCAUGUUUAUCAUGACUAUACUCUUUGCAUGGAAGUUUUCAUAUCUUGACAGGACGAUUUAA